AAAUGAGCAGAGUCCUUUCGUGUUAAUUACUAAUACGCAGCGUUUUGAUAACCUGAACUUUUCCUUUUCUUUUCUGUUUUUUGUUUGUUUAUUCAUUAUUUUGUGUGAAAAGAGAGAGAAAAAUGUUACAGUAUCCGACGUUGAUGAGCCAGUUUCCGUCGUCGACGAAGACGAUACCGGCAUCGCAUUUGUUACCUAUACAGUGGCCCCAGCCCCAGAACGAAGAGAUUCUUCUCGCCAUGGAAGAAGCUGAGUUCGAAGAAAAGUGCAACGAAAUAAGAAAGAUGAGUCCUAGCGUACCCGUAGUAGGAAAACCAGUCGUCGACAACCAUCAAGAAGAAGACGAUAAUGAAGCAGAUGAUGAUGAUGAUGAUGCAGACAAUGCAGAGGAAUCAGAUGGUGAAGAAUUCGAGCAAGAAACUGGUUAACUAAUCUCCAUAACAAAUAAAAAAGGUUGUUGACGACGUCAUAGCUUGAUUUUUGAGGAUACUUGUCCAAACCUUCUCGUGUCAAACGACCGUGGUUCUGAGUUUGGAAGCUCGGUUUCCUUUUGUUAGGAACAAUUAAAACAGAUAUCAUGGUCUUAUUGUCUUGAUGUUGACAUUUUUCUAAAUUUAACCGGUCUAGUGCUUUGGAAAAACCAGUUUGUCCAAAA